UACAGGGGUACAGGGGUUGGCCCUGGCUCGGUCCACCUGCCAGCGCCGUUUAAAGUUUCUGAGGCUCGCAAGAACACAAUGACUUGGAUCAAACGGCCUAAAUGGCAAGAAGGGUAUUUCUACUGCAUCCAGGAAGCCCCUAAACUCCUGCGGACUACCUCCGUGCAGGCGUCCAUGCACUCGCCCGCCCUCCUCUAUCACUGACCAGAGAUGAUUUCGGAGGAUCCCUUGAAAGCCUGGAGCUUUAUGGCUGGAAAAUGAAACGACGCUGGAGUGUGGCCACAUCAUUAUUUUGUGUCGCGCGGGACCAGAUGGGCAGUCAGUGAAUGGCGCAGGGAUGUGAUGGACAGUUUUAUAAUGUGAUUUCCCCCCAGAAAGCUAAAGCCGGCUUCCUUUCCUUCUAUUUCCUCUCGGUCUGUAGUACUUGCGUUCUCCCCCGCUCUGCGAUAUCAAUUAACUCAACUUCGCCGUGGAGUGGCCAAGAGGGAAGAGGGUGAAUUGGUCUCUCUAAUCUUGGUCAGAGUCGGAGGAGUGACGGCGACCGAGAGACUGCGGCGGGGACCCGGGGCGCCCCGUGCAGAUUGCAGGGUGGAGACGCGCAGGCGGCUAUGGAGCGGACGGUGCUCUGGACCCGCCGCGGAUAGACGCCCUGGCGGCUGGAGGGGCCCUCUGACCUCGGGGCCGACUUAGCAGCCGCUGCCACCUCGCAGCCGCAGCAUUUUCCUGCCAUUAUCACCGCUCCUGAGAAGUCAUGGAAGACGCGACAGUGCCAGACCUCAGAGACAUCGAGCUGAAGCUGGGGCGCAAAGUGCCGGAGAGCCUAGUGCGCUCCCUGCGCGGGGAGGAGCCGGUUCCCCUGGAAAGGAUCAGGGACCCCUCUGGGGGGAGCAGCGGCGGCGGUGGCGGCUGUAGUAGCAGCAGCAGCUGCUGCAGCCUCCCUCCCUCCUUGUCGUCCUCCUCUUCGUCCUCCCCAGCCUCGGGCUCCCCAGGAAGACGGAGCCACUCCAGCACCCUGGAGAGGCUGGAAACCAAGCUGCACCUCCUCAGGCAAGAGAUGGUGAGUGCGGUGCGCCAGCGGUGGGCAUGGGGGCCUCGCCGGCAAAAUGCAGAGAUCGGAGAUGGGAAGGUUAAUCUCAGAGCCACGGACGCCAGGCUCAUGCGCCAGCUGCUUGUGAUCAACGAGAGCAUUGAGUCCAUCAAGUGGAUGAUUGAAGAGAAAGCCACCAUCACCAGCCGAGGCAGCAGUCUCAGUGGCAGCCUGUGCAGCUUACUGGAGAGUCAGAGCACCUCCCUCCAUGGCAGCUACAAUAGCCUACACGAUGGCAGCGACGGGCUGGAUGGCAUCUCCGUGGGGAGCUACCUGGACACCUUGGCAGAUGAUGUGCCAGGCCAUCACACCCCAUCAGACUUGGACCAGUUCAGUGACAGCUCCGUAACGGAGGACUCCCAAGCACUGCGCAAGCAUCCCAAAUUGGAUUCUGAAUACUACUGCUUUGGCUGAUGACCCAGGUUUUUUGCAUGGGAUUAGUGUGCAAUUAACUUGUAUUUAUCUCUUUUCUCUGCUGCUAUAUUUUUGGUGUGAUUUUUUUUUUUACAUGAUAACCUUUAAAAAAAAGAAGCAUAUUUUGAAACUGCUUGAUGAUAUUUCUGUUGCUCCUAAUAUUUCUAAUCUGGAUUCAUCUAUUUUUCUCUUUUACAUCUCUAUUUUUAUUUAUUACAAUGAUUUUUUUUUCCUCUCCCUUCUUUUCCGGUGGCACAAAGAAAGAAGGGGGAAAGAAUAAGCAAUAAUUAUGUUUUUGCUUUUGUUUUCAGAGCAAGGGGUCAGGGAUUACAUCAAAAACUUUGCUAAAUUUUGCAAUAAACCAAAGUCUGAUAACAGCUAAUUUUGUUGCUUGCAUUCCUAAAGGAUUCAAAGUGUCAUUGUCUAGAAGAUACUGAGGUUUAUUACUGUUUAUAGAGUAGACUGAACAAAAUGUCUGGGACCAAGUUAGGUAUUAUUUCCAGUCCACAACUUCCUAGCAUAAAAAUCAACAAAACCGUUAGUCACGUAUUUUUAUGGCAAUCAUUUGGAAGACUCAACGAUAUGAAAUCUAUUCAGUUCAACUUUGUGUUCAUAGUCUUGAUCAGCACUUUCUCAUCAGUGAUUCCUUUAUUUAUUUUUUUAUUUUUAUUUUUUUUAAUCCUCACCCAAAGAUAUUUUCCCAUUGAUUUUUAGAGAGAGUGGAAAAGAGAGGGAAAGACAGAGAGAAAUAUCAAUGUGAGAGAAACACAUCAAUUGGUUGCCUCCUGCAUGAGCCCUGACCAGGGCCCAGGCCAGGGAGGAGCCUGCAACGGAGGUACGUGCCCUUGACCGGAACCCACCUGGGACCCUUUGGUCCGCAGGCUGACGCUCUAUCUACUGAGCCAAACUGGCUAGGGCUUCUCAUCAGUGAUGCUAACUGAAACGGUAGACUAUGUUGUGUGGCAAUAUUUGAUUCUCCCAAAUUUCAAAGAUAAUUGAGAUGAGAUAUGAUGGUGAUUAGAGGUUAAGCCUCAGGGGUGAGGAACAUCCGGCCCGCAGGCCAUAUAACGCCCAUGAAAUCAUUUGGUCUGGCCCUGCUAAGGCAUUAGGGGUGAGUUAAUUAAAUGUUUAAUCAAAUAUAUCAGCUAAUUUUUAAGUUGAUAACUUUGUGUGUCCUUCGAAUGAUGUUAUAAAUACCCAAAUGGCCUUUGGUUGAAAAAUGAUUCCCCACCCCUGAGUUAGGGGGUCUUAAAUUUAAUUGUAUUUUGAGAUUUUCUUAACAUUCACUUAUAUGCAUUUUGCAAUUGCAAUCAGAUAUAUAAAAACUUAGAUAAUACAUAUGAAUGGAUAGAUAGCUAUAUUACAUGCAAAGCAGAAUCACUAUUCACUUAUAUGAUAUCAUUUCAUCCUGUGGUGGAUAAAGAAUCUCUUAAUUUUGAUGUGAUUUUAUUAAUCCUCCACAUUUCCUUUACCUUAAUGAUUCCUAGCAAGUUAAUCUGUUGAGAUGUCAAACUGUAUUUUGUAAUGAUACAUGUUUCUGCACAAAAUAUUUUACAAUAUGAAUCAAAAAGUAUUCCUAUUUAAACUAAAAAAUGUCCAUAUUCAAGACAUGGUUUCCCCAAAAUGUCCUUUGUUACUGUGUACCUAUAACACACUUGUCAAAUGUAUUGUUUGUUUCCAGGACAUAUAUUAUUCAAUUUACGAUUAAAAUCUAUAGGGUCUAUCUUCUA